AUAGAGAAAAGAAUCGCAAAAGCCUCCAAUUUUUAUUCUUCACCAUCGAUCAUCAUCGUCAUUAUUGGUAGCUCGGCUAUCUCUCUUCUCUGCGCAAUCAAUAAAUCGCACCAAAACUUCACAUCUUCGAUUCCAGAUUCCGGAUUUUUCCAUCAUGGAGCCGCCGGGGAACGACGCCGUAGCAUUCGAGUCAGCGGAGAAGAUAGUGCUCCGGUGGGACUCGACCACGUCGGAGGAGGCCAGGGAGAAGAUGAUCUUCGAAGGAGACCGGCAGGAAAUCGAUCAGUACUUGCAGGCCGUCGAUGAAAUCCAACGGUCAAUGGAGUCCACCACGCUCUUGGACGACGACCAGAGCAAAGCCAACAGCGCGAUCCAGAUCGCCAUGGCUCGGCUGGAGGACGAGUUUCGGAACAUCCUCAUCGCUCACACCAGCGCGAUCGAAGUCGAGUUACUCUCCGACUUGAACUCAUCUUCUUCCUCGAUCAACUACUCCGCCGCCUCCAGGACCACCAGCGGCGAAAUGAACUUGGGAGACGAAGAGCUGAAAAGCAUUGACGGAAAAGAUGGAGGUUCCGUGAAGAAACAGCUGGAGCAUCAGGACAGCGGCAGCAGCAGCUACCGAUCUACAUACAGCAUCAAGGAAAUCGACCUAAUGCCGCCGGAAGCGGUUUUCGACCUCCGGAGCAUCGCGGAGCGGAUGAUUUCCGCCGGGUAUCUGCGGGAGUGUAUUCAGGUGUACGGAAGCGUACGGAAAUCCUCCGUGGACGCGAGCUUCCGGAAGCUAGGGAUAGAGAAGCUGAGCAUCGGAGAUAUCCAGAGGCUGGAGUGGGAGACUCUGGAAAUGAAGAUCCGACGGUGGAUUCGGGCCGCAAAAUUGUGCGUUAGGGUUCUAUUCGCCAGCGAGAAGAAGCUAUGCGAGCAAGUUUUCGAGGGUUUAGGCACUGCUACCGACGAUGCUUGCUUUAUGGAGACAAUCAAAGGUCCGGCUAUCCAGCUUUUUAAUUUCGCCGAGGCCAUCAGUAUUAGCCGGCGGUCGCCUGAGAAGUUGUUCAAGAUACUGGAUCUUCACGAUGCUUUAUCGGAUUUACUGCCGGAUAUUGAAAUAGUCUUCGAGUCCAAAUCCUCAGAGUCAAUCAGGGUUCAGGCGGCUGAGAUAUUAUCUAGGUUAGCGGAGGCGGCCAGAGGGAUAUUGUCUGAAUUCGAAAACGCAGUUCUCCGGGAACCGUCAAAGAUUCCGGUCCCCGGAGGGACCAUUCAUCCUUUGACCAGAUACGUAAUGAAUUACGCAAGUUUGAUCUCAGAUUACAAGCAGACUUUGGUUGAAUUGAUUGUUUCAAAGCCCUCAGCCGGAUCAAGAUAUUCAACCGAUCCCAACACGCCUGAUAUGGAUUUCACAGAGCUGGAAGGGCAGACUCCAUUGGACCACCAUUUGAUCUGGAUCAUUGUGAUUUUGCAGUUCAAUUUAGAAGGCAAGUCUAAGCACUAUAAAGACACCUCCUUGGCACAUUUGUUCAUGAUGAACAAUGUUCAUUAUAUUGUUCAGAAGAUUAAAGGCUCACCCGAAUUGAGAGAGAUGAUUGGGGAUUAUUAUCUGAGGAAGUUAACUGGGAAAUUCAGACAUUCAGCCACAAAUUACCAGAGAGCAACCUGGGUAAGAGUUCUGCAUUGUCUGAGAGAUGAAGGGUUACAUGUUAGUGGCAGCUUUUCAUCUGGAGUGUCCAAGAGUGCUCUGAGAGAGAGAUUUAAGACCUUCAAUGCCAUGUUUGAAGAGGUUCACAGGACUCAAUCCACAUGGCUCAUCCCUGAUACUCAGCUUCGCGAGGAGCUGAGAAUUUCCAUAUCAGAGAAGCUGAUCCCAGCUUACAGAUCGUUUCUUGGGCGGUUUAGGACUCAUAUUGAGAGUGGCAAGCACCCCGAGAACUACAUUAAGUACUCAGUCGAGGACCUGGAGACAGACGUCCUCGAUUUCUUUGAAGGGUACCAGCCUUCUCAACACCUGAGAAGAAGAUCCCAAUGAAGUUAAGAGGGUUGAUUACCAGUUAGAAUCUUAGGACAAUUCUUUGAAUCUUUUUUUUUUGGUGGAGUACUCGAGAGAUGAGGCGUCUGGUCAUCGUUCUGGCCUCUAUCAAGUUUGCCAAUUGUUGAGGGCAUUGUCAUUGUCAUUGUUUGUUUGCUGCAAACCACAGAAAUGAUCAAGUUUCCAGAAUAGGUAUUGCUCCUCCCCCUGCCUGCCUGAAUGCUCAUUCCCUGUAAGCACUGUGUUUGAUUGUACUUCUUCCACAUUUUUAGAUUUUGUUUCCUUUUGUUCAUAUGUGAAUUGUUGUAAUGGUUCACGUUUUGGAAAUUUUUAACACGAUUCUCAUUUCACAUUA